AUGGCUACUAAAGUUUAUUCGGAGAAACAGCUUAACUAUUUCCGGGUUUGUCACAUAGCCACUGACAUAUUGCCUCCAGCUUUACGACUACUGUUCAAGCAAGAAUGGGAUAAUCGUUACAAGGCAACGUAUGGAGAAUGGAAAGACACGCCUCAAAAUGGAUUGGACUUCAAAAACAGUGAGUCCCCUGCUAAUCAAAGAAAACAUGCUCGAUUGUUAGCUACGAUGGCUAAAGGAGACAGAGCAGAAUGGGACUGUACUAUGUUAUUUUAUGCCAUCCUGUUCUCUGAUUCUAUUCACGGACUAAGCCCAAUGAUCAGAACCAACGUUGACGAUCUUAGAAAGUUUCGAAAUGAAGACUUCGCUCACAUGACAGAAGGUCAGCUCUCAAAUGCAGACUUCAGCAUCACUGUUGCAAAAGUGGAGAGAGCAUUUAGAGCCCUUUGCCUGUCUACUGCUGACAUCCAAACUGUAAGUAAGCAGAGAAGUUUUCCAACCCCUGAGUUGCAAAAUGUGAAGACAAGCAAUCAGAAACUUACUCAGGACCUUCAGACGAAGGACACGGAACUUCAAGACAAAGCUAUUGAAUUGGGGAAGAAAACAACAGAGCUUUUGAACAAAGAUGUUGAACUUCAGCAAAAAAAAGACAAGUUACAAGAAAGGCAUAACGAACUUCAAGAGAAGGAAGCAGAGCUUCAAGAGAACAAAGUCAGGUUAAAAACUACAGAAGAACAGCGCAAGGUCUUUGAAGAGCAACUUCAUCGCGAGGUGGAGCCAUUUUGCGUCCUUCCACCCAAACCUCCCCAUGUGAUCGCAAGUCGCGACUCUGACGUUGCUAGCGUGUUGCAGAAGCUGACUACCUUAAGGAAGGCUAACGUGAACAGUUUAAGUUUUUGUUAUAUUUCAGGCAAUCCCGGCAGUGGCAAAUCCCAGCUGGCUGGACUGGUUGCUGAGAAUUUCUACAAAGAAGCCCGAAAAGACACGACUGCUCCUUCAUUUGUUAUGACUUUAAAUGCUGAAAACUUAGAAUCGCUUUUGGAAUCAUACUUUUCACUGGCAAGAAAAGUAAGCUGUCCCGCGUACACUACAACUUCCACUGAAAACUCCAAGGAUUUAAAUGCUGAACAGAAAAUAGCCAUUAUCAAAGAUUUAAUUGCGACAAAAAUUCACCUGUACUCAUCUUGGCUCUUGGUGAUUGACAAUGUCACAAAUCUCGCAAAAAUGGGUCAGUUUCUUCCUGAGCGUGGGAAUGAGCAGUGGGGCAAAGGCCAGCUGCUUAUCACAACGCAGGAUUCCGCCUGUAUCCCACCUGAAAGUCCAAUCACAUCUCACUUUUCUAUAAGCGAAGGCAUGAUUUACACUGAAGUUGCCAACCUUCUGUUCGAGCUCACAGGAAUCACAGACGAUGGUAUAGGAAAAAAGGUAGCGCACAUUUUGGAUUACCAACCACUUGCACUAGCCAGUGCAGGAGUGUACGUGAGAAAGGUACGUAAUACCAAUCCAGACUUUGGCUGGGAGGAGUACUUACAAAAACUAGAAAAAGGAAAGCGUGAACGUACUGAAGAAGAACUUACCAAAGUAAACAAUAUCUACCCGGACUCUAUGACAGAAGCGACUAGGAUAGCCGUUAAAGCGGAAAUUGAUUCUAAUAAAAUAAUGAAGCAUGCUUUCACCUUUCUUGCUCUUUGUGCACCAGAGCCAGUGAGGCUACGCUUGUUGACCACUUACGUUGUAAAUGCUGAUGGAGAGUUGGAUGAAGAGGAAAUAGGCAUUCAGAUCCAAGGGUCCUCCUUGCUGUUAAUCGACAAUGAGGGUGAUGUCAACAUUCGUUUGCAUAACGUAGUACACGAUAUUGUCAAGAGUUUAGUAAAAAAACAAAUGCAAACUGAUGAACAUGUCCGAGUUGUUUCUGUUGCGGUGGAGUCAUUUAGUAAGUAUAUAAACGAAGCAAUACCAAAGAUCCUGCAAAGUGCAGAUUCUGUGUGUGAAAGUAGGCAUAUUGUUCCACACUUGAAAACUCUAGCUGCCGAAAUUAAAAAUGUUUUCUUUAGUACAGAGAAGUUCGAUUUUAUCAAAACCACUUUUGAAGAUUUAUGUGAAACUGUGCAUGACUUUCACGUGCUUGGUUACGUUUGCUAUCUCCAUGGUGAGUACCUAUCAGCCUUGGACUACUUCAUUGUAGCUUUAAAACUCAGUGAACACAAAAAAAACAAGACAGUGCCUGAUCACUUAGAAGAGGCUGAAAUUAUCCGUAACAUGGCUUCUACACAUAACCACAUGGGUGAGCAUCAACAGGCCAAGGAGUAUUAUGAACGUGCCAUGUCCAUUGAAUUGAAUAAGCUUGGACCCGACAAUGUUGACGUCGCGAGUACGUACCUUAACAUGGGUACCCUACAUCACGACUUGGGUGAGCAUCAACAGGCCAAGGAGUAUUAUGAACGUGCCUUGGUCAUACAAUUGAAUAAGCUGGGACCCGACCAUGUUGACGUCGCGAGCACGUACCUUAACAUGGGUAACCUACAUAAGGACUUGGGUGAGCAUCAACAGGCCAAGGAGUAUUUUGAACUUUCCUUGUCCGUUGAAUUGAAUAACCUUGGACCCGACCAUGUUGACGUCGCGCGUAGGUACCAUAACAUGGGUAACCUACAUAAGGACUUGGGUGAGCAUCAACAGGCCAAGGAGUAUUAUGAGCGUGCCCUGUCCGUACAACUAAAUAAACUUGGACCCGACCAUGUUGACGUCGCGCGUACGUACCAUAACAUGGGUAACCUACAUCACGACUUGGGUGAGCAUCAACAGGCCAAGGAGUAUUAUGAACGUGCCUUGUCCAUACAAUUGAAUAAGCUUGGACCCGAUCAUGUUGACGUCGCGCGUACGUACCAUAACAUGGUUAGCCUACAUAAGGACUUGGGUGAGCAUCAACAGGCCAAGGAGUAUUAUGAACGUGCCUUGUCCAUUCAAUUGAAUAAGCUUGGACCCGACCAUGUUGACGUCGCGACUACGUACCGUAACAUGGGUAACCUACAUCACGACUUGGGUGAGCAUCAACAGGCCAAGGAGUAUUAUGAACGUGCCUUGUCCAUACAAUUGAAUAAGCUUGGACCCGACCAUGUUUACGUCGCGAGUGCGUACCGUAACAUGGGUAACCUACAUCAUGACUUGGGUGAGUAUCAAGAGGCCAAGGAGUAUUAUGAACGUGCCUUGUCCAUACAAUUAAAUAAGCUUGGACCCGACCAUGCUUACGUCGCGAGUACGUACCAUAACAUGGGUAAGCUACAUCACGACUUGGGUGAGCAUCAACAGGCCCAUGAGUAUUAUGAACGUGCCCUGUCCAUACGAUUGAAUAAGCUUGGACCCGACCAUGUUAACGUCGCGACUACGUAUCAUAACAUGGGUAAGCUACAUAGAAACUUGGGUGAGCAUCGACAGGCCAAGGAGUAUUAUGAACGUGCCCUGUCCAUACAAUUGAAUAAGCUUGGACCCGACCAUGUUGACGUCGCGAAGACGUACCAUAACAUGGGUAUUCUACAUGAGGACUUGGGUGAGCAUCAACAGGCCAAGGAGUAUUGUGAAUGUGCCUUGUCCAUACAAUUGAAUAAGCUUGGACCCGACCAUGUUGACGUCGCGACUACGUACCAUAACAUGGGUAAGCUACAUCACGACUUGGGUGAUCAUCAACAGGCUAAGGAGUAUUAUGAACGUGCCUUGUCCAUACUAUUGAAUAAGCUUGGACCCGACCAUGUUUACGUCGCGAGUACGUUCCAUAACAUGGGUAUUCUACAUAAGGACUUGGGUGAGUAUCAAGAGGCCAAGGAGUAUUAUGAACGUGCCCUGUCCGUACAACUGAAUAAACUUGGACCCGACCAUGUUGACGUCGCGUGUACGUACCGUUUAUUAGGUGAUGUGCAGCAUGUUUUGGAUGCCCAGCAGCUGCUGGCCCUCAGCACUGAUGACCAUGUCAAGUUUAUUCAGCCAAAA